AUGGGGAAAAAGCACAGACCCCCAGGGGAGCAGAGCAGCCGCAGUGGCGGCAGCGACAGCGACAGCACAGUGACAGUGAUAGCAGUGGGGGCUGUGGUGCCAGCAACACCAGCGGCGCUUGCUGAGAUUGAAAAUCACAACAGAGGCACAUGUGCAACAAGUUCAUCAGGGGAAGAUGGCGAUGACAAGGCUUCUCUGCCGAGGCUUAAGGACCAGACAUGUCUCAUGAACCACCUGGGGCACCCAUGGCAGCCUGUGAAAGACAAAGUCAACAGUGGUGUAGGCCAGGAUGGCUCACUCUUGCUCUCCUCAUUCCUCAAGGGAUUCCUGGCAGGCUAUGUGGUGGCCAAACUGAGGACAUUAGCAGUAUUGGGCUUUGCAGUGGGCACUUGCACUGGCAUCUAUGCAGCUCAGGCCAACAUGGAGAAGACACUGAAGAGCUACUUCAGGUCACUACAAAAGGGGCCUGACUAG